AUGCAACAAUGCGAGGAAUAUCCUCGCCCAAUGAGGGUAUCUCACCUCCCCUCCCUCCGAUUUGUUGUCCCUACCAGCCAUAACGGGACACACAUUUCCAGGGCGCCACCCCCCACACUUGCCACCGCCGCCUCCACCAGCAUCUUGCCCAUCAUCACCAGAUCUUGUUCUACCCGUGCCCGCUCCACCAUCCCCAGCACGUUCCUCCAUAACCGACUCAAUAGUCCCCGCAGCCAAUGCAGUCAAAGAAUUGCAGGACAUAUUGAUCCCUACGCAACCAGUGACACCCCUCCCCCAACUCCCUCAACCCCGUCGCAACUGCCGACUAUGCCACCAGCGCCCAGAGCUGGUACUCCUUAUCCCUUUGGGUUGCACUCCCCGUGUGCAGCGCACAAAUCAGAGACAGACCCCCAUAUUGAGCAACGGCUCAUCUCUGGAUGGAAGGCAAUAGAAGCAAAAGGCCCUCGCCAAUCUCAGACUAUUCUAAUUCUACUCAUUCACAAUCCUCUUCUGAACGAUGACAUUGCCCUCGUAUUUGAUGAUGUUAUGCCUGUCAAGAAUAUGGCCAUCGUGCCAUCUAUUAUCGUUAUCAUACUUGUUCUAUAUGCGGAUUGGACGCCCCCGGACACCGCGCUAACAAAUGUAACCAACAACGGAAGUACCCCUUCACCACAGACAGUUGGGGAUUAG